UAAUUGAGUAGAUUAAUGACGCAGCUGUGCUGGUUCCAGUUUCCCAGUCGGCACAUUUGCCCUUGCGGCACAGAAAAAUCGAGCGGACCGGAGGGCUAUUAUGGCGUACGCACUGAUGGCUUGGGUUUGGGUUUUUCUAACACUAGCCCAGCUUAACAACGCAGAAAGCCAUUGGGAUGCACUCAGACGUUUGACCGGUCAGAACGAGGCUUACGACGGCAACGAUCAGGCGACUGAGGCUGCACCGCAAGACGGGGCCAACCGAAUUUUCUCUGUACCGGUUUGGAGUUUCCUCCGAGGGAGUGGAAUAAGUCCAAAGACAUCGGAUUACAACCAGCCACAGUAUCGGUGCAGUAAUGGAAUGCUUUCCUUGCGCUUUUCACUCAUUCGAUACGCACAUCUGCGUCUGGAAGAUGGGACACGAUUGUUGUCGCUGCCUGACAGUUGUCGCAGUUCGAUUCAUAUUUAUAGGUGGUGGUUGCUGGUGAAGCUCCCUUAUACUGGCUGCCACACAUCCAUACAGGCUGGAGAUCGAAUCAAGUUUCGCCCGUUGAAACUGCAUUAUUUCGACCGUCUGCUGCAGGAGAACAUGACAGGCAUGGCCGUGUGCAAGAAUCCAGUAAUGUCACCACGAGUAGCAUCCCCAUUAGUGUCUUGUAAGACACGUAUCACUGUGAAGCUCCCUGGUGGGGCAAAACUGAGGAAGGUGAAGGAGCUUGACUUUUUUGCCAAUGAAGGGUUCUCCGUGAGACAACAGAAGACUCCCAGUGCAUUAUAUGUGGAGAUAUCAAAGUUACCAGACAUGGAUUCUGGCUUUCAACUGGUUUAUGUUGACUCUACUGGGAAGCUGUGCACAAUGCUGGCAACUUGUUCCCCUAAGUUGUCAAAAAAAGCUGUUAGGCAUCAUGUCAGGAGAGCUCUGGAAGAACCAGAUUUAUUAAACCUGUGGGGUUUUGACGAUAUUCCUCCUGAACCAUUUGAUCCAGAAACGACAACGAUAACAGCCAGCUCAGCAUCGGACACAGAAACGGACACAGAAACGGACACAGAAACAACCACAAUACAGGAUACUGUUUAUGAUGCAGGAUUUUAUGACUUGUGGGGAUAUGAGGAUGUUCCUGUGGAACCAUUUGAUCCAGAUCAAACACAGACAACAGCCAGCUCAGCAACUGAUACAGACACAGACCCAGUAUUUGAAACCUAUAAUGAUGAAAACAUUUACGAAUUGUGGGGAUUUGAAGAAAUUCCUGUAGAGCCAUAUAUUGGAAUAGACACAGAGAUUCCAGUAACCACUGCUUCCACAACAGCCUCCACUGCUGCUUCCACAACAGCCUCCACUGCUGCUUCCACAACAGCCUCCACUGCUGUUUCCACCACAUCUACAAUUGCUUCUCCAACCACAGCUGUAUCUGUCACAACCACCACUUCUACUGCUCCUGCCACGACAGCCACUGACACAGCUGCUCCUGUCACGACAGUCAUCACCACCACAGCUGCUCCUGCCACAACAGCUACCACCACCACCACCCCUGCUCCUGCCUUGACGACAACUGCCACUCCGACCACCACCACCACCACCACCACUACUACUACCACCACCACCACCACCUCUCCUACAACGAUGACCACUGCCGCUCCUGCCACGACGACUACCACCACCUCGGUUGCUCCUGCCACGACGACCACCACCACCACCACCACCACUACCACCACCGCUGCUGCUCCUACGACCACCACCACUGCUGCUCCUGCCAAUACUGCCAACACAGCCACUACUGCAUCUGCUGCCACAACGGCUACCACUGCAACUGCUGCCACAACGCCCUCCACAACAAUGGCCACCACCAUAUCUGCUGCCACGACGCCCUCCACAACAAUGGCCACCACCGUGUCUACUGCCACGACGCCCUCCACAACAACGGCCACCACGGCGUCUUCUGCCUCGACGUCCUCCACAACAACAGCCACCACCGUGUCUUCUGCCACAUCCACGUCCCCCACAGCAGCAGCCACCACUGUGUCUUCUACCACGACGACGCCCUCCUCGACAACAGCCACCACUGCAUCUUCUGCCACAACAACGCCCUCCACAACGACCACAACAACGCCCCCCACAACAACGGCAACUACUGUGUCUAGUGCCACAGUGACGCCCGCCACAACAACAGCCACCACCGUGUCUUCUACCACGACAACGCCCUCCACGACAACGGUGUCCUCUUCCACAACGACAACCUCCACAACAGCAAGCACCACAGUGUCCUCUGCAUCAACGACACCCUCCACAACAACAGCAUCCUCUUCUGCAACGACUCCCUCCACAACAACAGCAUCCUCUUCUGCAACGACUCCCUCCACAACAACAGCAUCCUCUUCUGCAACACCUCCCUCCACAACAACAGCGUCCUCUUCUGCAACUUCCACUAGCCGUGCUGCCACUGCCAUCAGUUCCACAUCAGAUCCCAGCACCGCUUCCUCAGCCACCACAAGGCGUGCCAGCUCAACAACGAACAGCGCUUCUUCCACAGUGACGAGUGCCAGCUCAACUAUGAUCAGUGGGUCUCUUCCUCCGCAACAUAGUGUUAGUCCUAGCACUACAGCAAGUUAGUGGCAACGAGCAACACCCACACCACAAUGACCCACCCCUCUCCAAUACCACUCAUCUAAAUGUCCCCCCAGUUCCCCUCCAGCCCAAAAUAAACCAAAGCAUUAGUCAAUAUGAAUAAUUUCAUGUAUUUUGGUUUGUGAGUGAAUUUUUUUUAUUAAAGAAUGAUUGUGUACUUGGAAGACAAAAUGACUUAUUGAUGUACUGAAAAAGAAUUAAAUGCUUAAAUAAAUAAAUGUGACAAAGAAA